AUGGCUAUUUCCGAUAUGCUCAAUCGCCGAGUGCGAGCUCGGCCAGAUGAUGAUGAUGAGGUGUACUCCGAGGCAUCAGGUUCCGACGAAGGCUCGCAGGCUGGCUCUGAUAGCGAAUCGAACGGCUCCAUUCAUUCACCAGCAGAUGACUCCGAAGCUGAAGAUGCAGGCACAGGCUCCGAUUCUGAAGCCAGCAACUCAGACAAAGAAGAAGAGCCGGAAUCUGACCUCGACGACGCCGACGACUUCCAAGCUUCACUAGCAGACAUCUCCUUCGGCGCUCUCGCCAAAGCCCAGGCUGCAAUGCGCGAGAAGAACCGCAAAGACAAGCGCAAACCGAAAGACGACUCCGCACCCUCAACAGUCGACGAGAUCCGCACGAAGCUCCGCGAAGCACGCGAACAAAAGCUCGAAGCCGCGGCCAAAUCCAAAUCCAAAGAAAAGAAGAGCCGAUCCUCCAAGCACGCACCGAUGGAGCAAUCAUCCAAACGGGCCGUGACGCGCAAGCGCACAGCAGUCGAACUUCCUCCCGCGCCGCGAUCCCGCGACCCGCGCUUCGAUGCGGCCGUUAUGGGCCACAGUGGAGUCGGGAAGCACCCGCAUGGCGGGAAAGCGUAUGCGUUCCUGGACGAAUACCGGGAGUCUGAGCUUAAUGAUCUGAAGGAGCAGAUGAGGAAGACGAAGAAUCUUCAGCAGAAGGAGAAGCUUAAGGGGGAGGUCCGACGGAUGCAGGAUAAGAUGCGGUCUGCGCAGAAUAAGAAGCGUGAGGCGGAGGUGCAGGCUGAGCAUAAGAAGCGGGAGAAGCAGUUGAUUCGGGAGGGCAAGAAGGCUAACCCGUACUAUCUCAAGAACUCGGAGUUGCAGAAGCAGGUUCUUGAGCGGAAGUAUGAGGAGAUGGGAUCACGGGAGCGCGCAAAGGCUCUUGAGAGGAGACGCAAGAAGUUGACUUCUAAGGAGCGGAAGGAGAUGCCUUGGGAGCGGAGAGGGGCGGAGGGUGGUGGUGAUGAUGGGGGCAUGCCUAAUGGAGGGAAGAGGCGGAGAUUGGAGUAG